UGGUGAAGAAAGUAGUGUUAAUAUAAGAAAUGAUAAAGCAACACAAUUCUUUUUUAAAAAUAACUUAGCUAAGAUAAAGCCACUUUCUAUAAGUUUACCUUAUAAAUCUAAGAUAUUUGAAGUAUUCAAUAAAGAUUCUUCUGAGGAAGAAGAUGAUAAGAAGCACACUUUAAAAAUUUAUAAAGAUUAG